AGACCGUUUCGUGACUAAGGGCUAAUUUAAUGAAUAAGGACAAAGGAUUGUGUGUAAAUGUAGCUAAUAAAUGUGAAGGACAUUCCAGGUAUACAAAUAGGUGACAACUGGCUAAACACAGGUCAACAAGCCAGUUUCAUGACUAAGGUCGAAUUUAGUUAAUAAUGACAAUAGACUGUGUCUAAAUGUAACUAAUAUUUGUGAAGGGCAUUUCAGGUUUACAAAUAAGUGACAGCUGACUAAACACAGGCCACCAGUACAGCUUUUUCAAUGCUGGGAAUCGAUCACCAUCUGUAAUUGUAGCUAAGGUUGUUUGAGAUAGUAGUCAUAUAUAUAAAUGGCAGUUGUGGAAUGGAUACAGUACAUAUACAGUAACAGGAAGACAUUACACUUGUGAUGGAGUCUAGAAAAGAAGUUUACGAUAUGUCAAAGACUCGCACAGUUCAGAAGUUGGAUCAUAAUCGAGGUGAUCAGCUCAUUGGUGAUGUACAGCUAUACACAACAGAAAGCAGCUGUAAAAACGUGUUUCGUGUAACGGCUGAUGUGCAUAACUCUUUUGAUUCGUUGAUCAAUGAUAACACGACUUUAGAAGCUAGUAAAUGUACCAAGCCAGCAUUUGUUUCAAAGUUAUCAUUAACAAAAAGGCGUGCUGCAAAAUUACAGGAUUCAAAAAACAACAGUACCAUUCAAGUAACCACAACUAGUUCAGCCGAUGUUAGAACCUAUGUUGAAAGAACUAAAGUAUCUACAACACAACUCCUAGAUCCUCAAGACACUGCAUCAAUUCAGUCACCCACUCAGCAGCCAGCUGAACAUAUUGAUGAAAUCGAGAUACUGUCUCCGUUAAAUGUAGAUCCUACGAAUCAGUGCAACAGAAUAACUCCUCUGAAUAUCGAUGAUUCUGUAUCUGGUGAGUCAGCAAACAUAAAACCAACACAUCAGUGUCCUGUGCAACAAAGUAAUAACAGUUUUCCUAGAGUAAAACGGCCUUUAGGGCGUAAAACAUUGAAUGUCUGGUCUAAAAAACACAGAUCGGCUAGUGUUGUAACACCUACUAAAGACUCUAGGGACUCAAUAACGACCAAAUCAUCUAACAGUCAUAAGUAUGAUAACAGAUCGGAUAACUGGUACACAUGGUAUACAUGUGAAACUGAUUUCUGGUAUAAACUAAGAGAAGAAGUUCAGACUGCUAUAACAGAAAUUUCUAUUUUAUUGGGGUCAUCAUGUAAAGAUGAAAUAUUAACCAAAGGCAUCCCACUUAGCAAUAAACUUUAUAUUACAAACAAAAUAUUUGGUCGUGGUCUGCAACUGCUUCCUCAUGACACGGUUUCAAAUUUAGAUCUUAGUACCAGUGCAUGUAACCCUGUGCCCACUGAUCAUGCUAGAGAUUUACUACUGUGGCUUUUAAAACAGUGUAGAUUCUGGUAUGAUUUAAGAUCUGUUACCGAUACUGUGUUGGAUGAAUUUCAACGUUUAGAGACACUGACUGAUGAAAAAAUGAAGGCUACUGCGGCUUUAGGUCUUAAAAACAUUUAUAUCAAGCAAGUUUUUCCGUAG